AUGCCCUAUCUGCGUGACGGUGCAGGUGCUGCGCGUGUCCUUCGUGCGAAACUGACAGCCCACGAAUCAUGCGUCAACUACCUCGCCUUCUCGAGGCACGACGGCAGAUGGCUCGCAAGCGCUGGAGACGAUUUCCGCGUGUUGCUUUGGGAUUUUAGUCAGGAGGACGUGGAGCAUCCGGGGCAUGCGUUUGCUGGGCCUAGCGGAAAUGUAUUGGCGCUUGAUUUUUCAGCUACGAAUCAGUAUUUGUACAGUGGGGGAGCGGAUAGUGUUAUUUUGAAAUAUGAUGUUUCGACAUUGCGAGGGGUUGGUAGUAGUACUAUUGGUGGGAGGGAUUCAUCGUCUUUCGUUGAACGGCACGGAGAUCACGACGUAAGCAUCCCACUCGCUUUUUCAUCGUCUUUCGUUGAACGGUACGGAGAUCACGACGAUAGCGUCCGAGCACUUACAUGUCAUCCGUAUAAAGACGAGAUAUUCUUCAGCGUCAGCGAAGAUGGAAGACUUGUAUUGCACGACGGUCGUGCUGGAGGCAGAAUGACCGCGGCGCAGGGGACGUUUCAACAUACGGCUGCAUUCACAGGCGUGCAACAUCAUCCUGUUAUGGAACAUGUUUUUGCGACCUGCGACGUGUAUGGGCAGGUUUGUCUACGGGAUACGAGGAUGACUUUUGGGCCGUUGUCAAGGCGGUCGAACGGUGGGAUCGUGAGACUGUAUAACACGAAGCUGUCGAGAAAGUCGGCGGGUUAUCUUAGUAAUCCGGAGAGCAGCAGUUUGACUUUUGAUCGCGAUGGAAGUAAAUUAGCCGUGACGUUCCUUCACUAUUUCCCGACAAUAUAUGCCCUGUCAGAUCCACAUCCCGUAGCUAUAUGCACAGGCCGCAACGCCCCCGAUGGAACCCCCAUCUCUCCAUCCCAACGAACAUACACCAAUUCAUGUACGAUGAAAUCGGGCGCUUUCGGUGGUCCUGGCAUGGAUGAAGACGAUAUGUAUGGUGCAGGGUCUGAUGAUUUCAGGGCUUAUGUAUGGAGGAUUCCUCCUUUGACGACUUUGCAAGGGCUUAGGAAGGAGAUCACCUCUCAUGACUGGUAUGCUUGUGAAUGGCCGGAUACUAUAGCAUUUGCGGAAGGCAAGUGGGAGAGUAGAUACGUGCCUUUUGAAAUAUCGACGCCAUUAGCAAGACUGAAUGGGCAUAAUUCGAUCGUGAAUUCUGUCGCGAUCCAUCCGUCCUUGCUACACGUCGUGACUUCGGGCGUCGAACGCCAAAUCAUACUUCAUAGCCCUACGCCUUCAUCACCUGCUGUUCAAAAUCUUCAUCCUACUUCAUCGACCGUAAGGACGCUUCAACCCCAAGAUCUAGCGGCCCAAAGAACGUUUCUACGAGCACUUUUUGGGCCACAUCCGACACUGCAUGACGAUGAUGAUGAAGGGGAGAAUGAGACGAUCUCACUUUUUGAUCAUAUUCUGAGAGCAGAGGGAGAAGCAGAUGUGUUUACAGUGAGACGUUGGGGAGAAGAUUCAGAAGAUGAAGAUGAGACGAUGAUCGAUGUCUUUGAUACCUCUCUUUCUGAUAGCUCGCUAUAAUUCGGUUCAGGCGAUGGCAGUGCAGUGUGGAUAAGCGCCUUGUUCCAUCACAGCAUAUUUCCAUUUCGCAAUGAAGAAUAAGCUGUUCCGGCGCUAAGUGCAGACACGUGCGGCAUGCUGUGUUCCCUUUAUCUGGUGCAGCAUCCUCUAACCCUACCGCCAUCGUGAAUAUCGGUUUCUGCGUAUGAUGCCUGUGUACGACGUUAGGGAUUCCAAUACUGCGCUUUUAGGCUCCGAUGUGAGUUUCGGGACCGCUUUGUUGACGCGAUGACGCUUGAUUGCAACAGCUCGAAAGACGCGUCCGCCAAUACGCUGGCGCCAAAGAAGCAGCUUGGGCGAAAGCUGGUGUCAAACCUGGUUUUCAAAUCUGGAGGAUAGAGAACUUCGCGGUCGUCGAUUGUAGCGACUGGGUGGCGCAU